AAGCGAAGGAUGGAUGUGGCCAAGUGCCCCUGUUGGCGUUAGCCCCUUGAUGAUGAUGAUGAGUACCCCUAUAAAUUAAGUGAUGAAAUUGAUAUUUUGUUAUUAUUUUAUCAUGAAAUCUUUCCCCCACACAUUUAAACAUUUGUUAAACUUCUUAGGCCCGAAUUGUUUUUUGGCUGCAAAAGUCCCAAUAUUCAUAAUUUGAAAGAAUGAAAUGAUUUAAGUGAACAAUAAAAUGAUACUUCAGUCAACACUUAAUUAAAUAUCAAGGAAUAUUAUCACAUACAUAUUAUGAAGUGGUUGAUCAUUUAGCAAGCUACUGAAUAUAUUUUUCCGAACACAGUUAUGUUCCUGCAUAUUUGUAAUUACAUUGGGUAACAUAAAUUACUAUUAACUAUUAAAACAAAUACUGUAAAGCAUAUAACUGUCAACCUUUUUCCAAUUAAACUAUAUCAAAGGAUGGUGGCCUGUGUCAUCUUUGGCCAUGAGACAGUUUUUUUGUGUGAGAUGGCACCUAUUUGCUACUGGAAAAAAUGUUCUGCAUUGAUUAGGUAACACUACUAUGUUCACUUAGUAAGCCUGCAGAAUAUGGCAUAGCCAUACCACUCUCAAUAACUGGUGCCCUGUUCCUGUAAGUGUUGAGAGGACUGUGGAGAGAGGCAGGGAAAAAGUAAUGAAGCCACUUGUUUGUAUUGGCAUUCAUUGCCAAGCUUUGUGUGAGAUAACUGGUGAAGUGACUCUCCCAGCCUCUCGGUAGGACAUUUUAGGGAGGGCAGCCAUCCCAAACCCCCUCCCAGGAAUACAAAAUCUUAACCACAUCAGACUGGCAAGAUAGAGCCAGGACAGGUCCAACUGAUAAACCUUGUGAGCUAAGGCAAUGGUUCUGCAAGGUAAACAGCCCUAUCUACAUGCUUAGUCCCAAGUUACUAUGCAAACUCUGUUUUGUUAGAGUAUUUGUGGUGGAAGUCUGAUUCUUGAGAAUAGUGCUGAAGCUUUGGCAUUUGCUUGACUUUGCACUGAUACUGAAUUGAACUUCAGAUUGUGGAUCUUCUAUCACAGAUGGCAGCAAGUGGAUUUAGGUAGAACACAGCCAGACUAAUAAAGAUGUAAAUAUUUCAUUUUAAGAAUAUCAAAGUAGAAAAAAAUCUUGACUAGGUAUGACAGGUUUGCAUUUCCUAUAAUGAUACACAGUUUAUUUUCAGAAUUGGUUGCAGCAAUGAGACUUCAUUGGAGAGUUCACAAAACACUAGGGAAUUUCCUUCGUCAUUAUGGCACUGCACAAAUUAGACCAGGACUCGUAAGAGACAUUUGGCAGCCAGUGAUUGGCCUCGAGAUUCAUGCUCAAAUAUUGUCAACAAGUAAAUUGUUUUCUCGUGUUGGAACAAGAUUUGGUGCUCCGCCGAAUAGUCAGGUUGGAGUAUUUGAAUCAGCUCAUCCUGGAACCUUACCAGUCUUGAAUAAAAGAUGUGUUGAGGCAGCUAUAAAAACUGCUUUAGCACUGCAAGCAACAGUCAACAAAACUUCUUGGUUUGUCAGAAAACAUUACUUUUACCCAGAUCUGCCAGCUGGUUAUCAGAUCACUCAGUUGGACCACCCUAUAGCCAGUGAUGGGCACCUUGACUUCAUUGUUUAUAAUGCUGCAGUGCAUCGUAAACCAUACAGGCACUCUGUGAAGCUUAUUCAAAUUCAGCUAGAGGAAGACAGUGGCAAAAGUAUCCAUGAUGUGGAGAAUCAUAGAGUUCUAGUGGACUUGAAUCGUGCAGGCCAGCCUCUGAUGGAACUGGUAUUUGCUCCAGACCUCCAUGAUGGAGAAGAGGCUGCUGCACUCGUCAAAGAGUUAAGCCUAAUUUUGCUUCAAUUGGGCACCUGUAAUUGUCGUAUGGAGGAGGGUUCCCUGCGUGUAGAUGCUAACAUCUCUGUACACAGGCCUGGAGAACCUCUUGGCACUCGUACAGAAGUUAAAAACUUGAAUUCCAUUCGAUCAUUAGUUAAGGCAAUUGAUUUUGAAAUUGAAAGGCAGAUAGGGAUUUUGGAGUCUGGUGGGGUUAUAACUAAUGAAACCAGGAGCUUCGAUGCAGACAGAAAGGAAACCAUUACCAUGAGAGACAAAGAGGUUGUUCAGGAUUACAGAUUCAUGCACGAGCCAAAUCUACCACCUUUACGGCUCUUUGACUCUUCAGAAGGAAGUGGCAGUCAGAAUGGCUCACUUGACAUUAAUGCAGUCCGCCAAGAACUACCCGAAUUGCCAGAGGAAAAGAGGCAGCAACUGCUGAAAAACUAUGGAGUUAGGCUGGAAAAUGCAAUCAUUCUUGUGAGUAAUUCCAUUAUACUGGAUUUCUUUAUGGCUGUGAUGGCUGACAAGAAGAGAGAUGCCCGUCUAGUUUGUAAUCUGUUGCUUACCAAUCUCCUUGGAACCUUGAACAGUGCAAAUAUUGACUUUCAGAAAAGCCCCCUGUCAGCAGAUGCCUUUGGAGAGAUAGUUGAUCUUCAGCAGAGUGGACAAAUCCUAAAUGACACUUCUCUCAGACUGAUUGAUCUUAUUUGCAAUGAUGGUGAUUUGAGGUCUCCCACACAGAUUGUGAAUGCCAAUAACUGGUUAAAGUUUUCUGAUGAUCUCUUGGAGUCACUGGUGGCAAAAGUCUUGAAUGAUAAUCAAAAUUUGGUUAAGAAAUACAAAGCAGGAAAGAAAAAGAUGUUUAAUGCACUAAUGGGGAAAGUGAGAGCGGCCACUGAUAGCAGAGCAGACAUGAAGAAAGUUAAAGAUAUUCUUACAAAGAAACUGACAGAAUGAAUAUGGAUAAUUGUGUAAAUAUGGUAACUUUACUAGUGCAAAGAAGAUGGGAGACUGGACUCAUGAGCAGCAUAUUGAACUUUUUACCUUACCUCAAUGUAUAUUCGCAAUUUGUAAUUCAUUUUGUUCUGUUCAUAAGUAUUAGAUGGGAAAAUUUACUCUGUGUGGGGCAUCAUCACAAAUAGUGUUAUAUAGAUAUGGUAUCCACUUACCAUGCUAAUCAUUGUAAUAACUGAUUAUGUGUAAAUAAAUAUGUAUUGGCAUUUUCAUAAAUACAGAUAGGGACUAAUUGAAGAAUAAUUGAAUUUUAUUUGUAAUGAAAACGUAUGCAGACAUAAUGUGUGUGAAAUAAUUCGAAGAGAAUUUAACUUUCACAUCAUAAUCACAGAUGACUACUUAGCAUUAUGACUGAUGUUGACUUGUGCUUAUGCAUAUUUGAUGCAUAUUUGAUGUAAAUGAAAUGCAAUGGGACAUGUGUACAGGCUUUGUGUAUAAAGUAUAUAAUGUUAUUUAUUGAAUUAAAGAUUUUAUAGCA